AUGAUCCAACUCGUUCUUUACCUCCUUUUGCAAGUCGUUCUCUUCUUGGCAUGGGUUUCGGGUUAUCUCGACCCGUAUCAGAAGAAGAUGCAGGAAAUUAUUCUCGAUGCUAUGGGUGAUAAUAAGGUUUCUUAUGGACUUAAGAUGAGCUUGACUGGCAAGAAGCUCAUUGAAGACGAGAACUUCAGCAAGAUCCAGGACCAGUUGGGAAGCGAGCUUGCAGGGAACUUUGGGAAGGGCGGAAUCGGCGAAGGUGUGGGCAACGUGCUGAGCAAGAGUCUGUAA